UACUAUUAAUCUCAUUUUAUUAUGCGUCGUGUUGCAAAUUGUGCCUUAAGGCUCAGGGGUACCCGUUUGGUAAGCGGGGUUGCACCCGUUCUGUACUUCCCGCCUAGUGCUGCUUCAAUAAUGAGUAGGGAGGAACAGAUUAAAAAGAAUACAAAUAUUGCCUUGGAGAUGAUUCGCCGCCAAAAGGGUCCGAUCCCGCCAACAUAUACUCGAAAGACGACUGCUACCGUAGAAGAAAUUGAGCGUGAGAUUGAUGCAAUGCUGGGCGGUUCGGAGAAAAUGCGUAAGAACACAACGGAUGAUCAACCCAUGGAUAAACUUUCACUGAUGGAGCGUUGUCUUCGUCAUGCGCUCUGGUCCUAUUAUAAAGAGGAAGGUAAAUACAACUUCAAAGAGAUGUCUAAGUGGCUUGUUUACACUUCUGACGAUGAAGCAAAAUUGUCUCAGUUGAAACGCCAGGUCGAGGCAAAGGAAAAACUUAUGGCCUUUCGGAAAAAAACUGGGGCACAAAAUCUCCCAGACUCGCUGUUGUUUCAACUCGACUGGGACAAGGAGUAUAAAGCUGUGAUUGAUCGCGAGUUGAUCAAUGAGAAACGUGUUCGGUACGACACCCUCGCUCUAAAUACAACUGAACGCGAUGAAAGUCAGAUUAGUGAGUUACUCCAGCGUUACCGGAAGCCUUCUCAAGACAAACGGCUAGACGAUCUUGUGGAGCUUCUUGAACGGUUCAAGACUGUGUUCGCACGCGAGGCUAUUAUGCAGCGGCUUACAAUUAAGCACUUAGAGGGUCAACUGGGUGUUUGGCGGUACAUGGACUGGUGUCCGGAGGUGCGCGAUCGCGCUGAGUUGGAACUUGAUAUUACCGGUUGGCAGUGGUGGUCUCCUUUUGAGGAACGACGAGUUAUGCCGAUUCGUCUACGUUCCCUAAAUGAGAUACGUGAAAUUAUGUCCAAAAAGCAACUGCAGAAAGCAGCUGAGAUUGCUGAACGCAGCCCUAAAGGGUCUAAGUCAAGCGAUGGUGACCGUGAGCGACUGCUCAAAGAAAUUCUAUCGAUUCAAGCAAGUAUCCAUAAGCGUGAUGAGGAACUUAUUGGUGAAAAAAAGUCUGCCCACUAAUGAUGAUUUUGCCAGAGUAGCAUUAGUAGUUGUCAUCAAAUACGAUUAUUAGGUGAGGGAAAAAGGUUAGGAAAAAUAUUUUAUCGAUAGUAGCUUAUUAUCGCCAUUUUUAUGAAUCCAGGAAAAUUACCAGAAUUAUGGUAAGUG